AUGGGUACGCCAAGAGCAAGUGAACAACCUCGUGGAUCAGUUGAUGAUGCGGAAGAUGACGAUGAGAAGUUAAUGAGAGAUUGUCAUGUAAGCAGAAAAAGGAUUAGUGAACUACGAGAAAUCUUCCGAUUUAUUGACCGAGACAAUGAUGGUACAGUGAGCAGACAAGAGUUCAGUACAUUAAUACGUCUUGUCAGUUCCGAGUAUACAGAUAAUCAAAUCAAAUUAUUAAUGAAUAAGGCUGAUAUGAAUGGCGAUGGUGAAAUGGCUUUCGACGAGUUUGUUCGUCUUUUAUCAAAUGAAAGUGAUGUUCAAGAAGAAGUCUCAGCAACACGUGAAGCCUUUGAAGUAUUCGAUACGGAUAAUGAUGGUUACAUUACUGCAACUGAAUUACGUCAGGUAAUGAACAGAGUUGGACAUAGUUGUACUGAUUCAGAUGUACAAGAAAUGCUGUCUGAAGCUGAUCAAGAUGGUGAUGGAAAAGUUACAUAUGAAGAAUUUGUAGCAAUGCUUAAAGAAAACGCAGGCGAAUAA